AGCUUGCUAAAAAGGAUUAAGUGGUGUGAGUCGAACCUUCGAUUGAAAAAGACGGAUUCAGGAACAUUGGGUGCAACACGCCAACCGAUGCGCCAAUCUGUACCUGUAGUUAAAGUUGGUGCAAUUGUUGCUGCGUCGGAGUUGAUCUGCUUCAACUGCAAUGCUUCAGGGCACAAGUCAAUCAACUGCCCGAAACCACAACGACGUCCGCGAUGUACUUCGUGUUCCAAGGUGGGGCACACUGUUGAGCAAUGCUUCAAGCUUUUGAACAACGGAAAACCGGUGCAACCCAUGGUUGCUAUGAUCACAGCGAAGGAAGAGGAAACGUCUACACAGGAUUCAGUACCCAACGAGAGGAUCGACACUGAUGAGAACGGGAUGCUGAAAUGUGAUGCAAUCAUCGGACGAAGGCUGAAGCAGCUAAACUUGCUGGUUGAUUCUGGCAGUGCGGAAAACGACGAGGCAUAUUAGAUAUUUUGUAUUUCCUACUGUUCAGAUCGCAAUGAUAAAUAUGUAAUGUAAUCAGAUGUAGGGUUUAGGGACUGGCGAGUGUUUUGUAGGAUGGCCGAGCUGUAGAAGAUAAAAAAAAUGAAUUGGCUUACCCCUCAACAGUAUGUACCUUAGUAGUAGUAGUAGCCCUAUCCCUCCAAUUUCACUUCAACCACUAUUGCCUUUGCACAGAGUCAACUCUCGCCAGUCGUCACUUCCUGUUAAGCUAGUUUCGAGGAAACAACGUCAAAUAAAAUGCUAUAAAAUGUAUUGAAUCAGUUGUUUACAAUAGUUGUAUGAAAUCUUAGAGAGUUUACUGAUCGAUUACACCCAGUUUUUUUUACACGGUUGGAAUUCAUUAAUUUCUCGGUUAACCCAAACUUUCAAAGCUUCUUAAAUACCACCUGAAUUUUCUUUGAUUUUUUGUGAAUUUUUCGUGGGGUUAACUCAUUGUUUCAUUGACGCUGAAG